CUCUGUGGCGCGCGGCCGGAGCGGCUGCGUCUGUGCCGCGAGGCGGGUUGGAGGCGGCGGGAAGCGCGCGGCGGCCGGCAGACUCCCCGCGGGGCCUGACUGCAUGCUAACCGACCGCCUCUUUGCCUUCCAAACCCGGCGGUGCGACGCCGCUUUGAGCGGAAACGACUCCCGCUGAGCGCCGCGGAACGUUCCCUAAAUGAACCGGACCGAAACGGCGCGAUAAAUCACGACGGGACGCCCCCUCCCCCUCCCCGGAACAGCCGCUCGCUUCAGGCCGAACGUCUCCACAGAAAGCUGCGGCUCCAGGUUCAAGUGAACGUAGGCCACUCCAGGAUGCAGCCGCCUUUGUUCCAGCCGACCUGCAGUUCUCCUGGAGGCAUCUGAUUCAUCAAACAUGAUGAAGACCGAGCCCCCGGCGGCCACCGGCGGGAACGGGACCUCUGCUGGGAGUGGUGGCAGUUCCACGCUGAGGAGUCCGUCCCCCCACCGCAACGCCUACGAGGCGGGGCUGGCUGCGCUGAAGAAAGCCACGGACCACCUCAACAACGCUGCUAACGGAGGCGCCAACCCGUCUUCAAAACCCGCUCUCAUGCCCCGCCCCAACGGGAGGGGCCGGAAGUAUGGCUCAAACGUUCACCGCAUCAAGAACAUGUUCAUGCAGAUGCAGUCUCCCGGGGAUGAAGAGGACGGGUCCAAAGUGAUCGGGAAGGACGAGCCCCCCAAGCUGUCCCUUCCUAAAGGCCUGAGUGAGAAUGUCGACCACAGCGCCUUGCCGGACCUCGGGAGUUCUGUCUCAGAACGGGUGAACCGCUUCGACUCCAAGCGGGGUGGAGAAGGUGGAGGUUCCUCUUUGGGUUUCUCCAAACUCCAGGAGACCAGAAGGAUCUUCGAGCAGCGGACUCUGCAGGAGAAGCAAGCUGCCACCAACCGCAUCCUGCUGAAGAAGGAGCGCGCCUCCGGCUUCCAGGACAGCCGUCUGGACGUGGUGGCCCGUUUCAACGGCUCCACAGAAGCUCUGGACCGGUUAGAGGAUCCUCCCACUUCUGUGGCGGUGUCCGUCUCCUCUGCGGGGGCAGCGGCGGCCAGGCCUGGCGACGCCGUCAGCCCCACUGUGAGCCAGCUGAGUGCCGUGUUUGAGAAGAGCGAACAGCAGAACAACCUCUACCUCCAGAAACGCCGCUCGGCCCCCGCACUGGCGCCAAAGCCCAAACUUCCAGUCAGAGCAGACGGUGCAGAGAGGAAGACAAGGGCCCCCCCAAAAGGGAAAGAGUCCAAGGAGGAGACAAUCGCAGGAGAGAGGGGGUCGCUGGCAGAGGAAGCAUCGGAAUCAGAAGCUUCUCAGAGGAGUAAACCUCAGGAGAACGCAUCGCCAGGAGAUCAGCCCCUCACCUCCUCCUCCGUGACUGUCCUGUCCUCCUCUUCAUCAUCUGGGUCUAAACCGGGCUCAGGACCCCAGCAGGCUGAGAGCGCAUCAGAGGGAGCGGCGGCCCCAGGAGAGGAGGACGGCGGGAGCAGGGAGCCUGAAACUGGGGGCAGUUUGGUGCAGGCGGAGGUCCACGCUUCUCUGGAAAACGGGGAGAAGGAGCCCCCACCUUCCUCUACCUCAUUGGACGAGAAACAAGCAGACAAUGAGUGGAAAGAGGAGGAAGAGGACGACGAAGACGGCUCGAAAAAGGAGGAUUACUCUGAGGGAGAUCUGGUGGACGUCAGCGCCUACAGCGGGCUCGGGGAGGAAGACUCCGGGGGAAGCCAGCUGGACGAGGACGAGGAAGACGAAGAGGACGAGGAAGCAUAUCACCCGGAGAGCAGUUGCUCUGAAAUGCCGGGCCUCCCCGAGGAAGAGGAGCCGCCGCCGCCCAAUAGGAAGAUCCGGUUCAGCACUGGACCAAUCAAGGUCUUCACCACCUACUCCAACGAAGACUACGACCGUCGCAAUGACGAUGUGGACCCCAUGGCGGCGUCGGCGGAGUACGAGCUGGAGAAGCGCGUGGAGAAGCUGGAGCUGUUCCCCGUGGAGCUGGAGAAAGACAGCGACGGCCUGGGCAUCAGCAUCAUCGGCAUGGGGGCGGGGGCCGACAUGGGCCUGGAGAAGCUGGGCAUCUUCGUGAAGACCGUCACCGAGGGGGGAGCUGCACACCGAGACGGCAGGAUCCAGGUGAAUGAUCUGAUCGUGGAGGUAGACGGGACCAGCCUGGUCGGCGUCACUCAGAGCUUCGCCGCGUCUGUCCUGCGGAACACCUCGGGAACAGUCAAGUUCGUGAUUGGCCGGGAGAAGCCGGGGGAGCAGAGCGAGGUGGCGCAGCUGAUCCAGCAGACCCUGGAGCAGGAGCGAUGGCAGAGGGAGAUGAUGGAGCAGAGAUACAAACAGUACACGGACGAAGACGAGGAGACGGGCGAGUACGCCACAGACGAGGACGAGGAGAUGAGUCCGAUGUUCCCCAACUCCAUCGAGGUGUUCGACCUGGCGGAGCAUCAGGACUCUCUGUCUCCGGUGGAGCUGGACCCUGAGAAACUGGCCCACAAGUACAAGGAGCUGCAGAUCAAACACGCCGUCACCCAGGCAGAGGUGCAGCUGCUGAAGAGGAAGCUAGCUCACGCGGAGCAGGAUAAGCUGCGCUGGCGGAUGGAGCGCGCUCAGCUGGAGCAGAACAUCCGAGACAGCAAAGAGAGGAUGGAGAAGCUGGAGAGCUACUGGAUGGAGGCGCAGUCGCUGUGCAAGGCCGUGGACGAGCACCUGAAGGAGACGCAGGCUCAGUACCAGACUCUGGAGAGGAAGUACAGCAAAGCCAAGAGAAUGAUCAAAGAGUACCAGCAGAAGGAGGCGGAGCAUCUGCAGAAGGAGGCGGCUCAGCGCCAGGCGCAGGAGGAGAGCGAGGCCUCGCACAAGGAGGAGACGGACAACCUGCAGGAGAAGAUAUCUGACUUGGAGACCAAAGUGGAUGCCUUGAAAACCCCCCAACCGUCCUAGACUGCUGCUGUUUCCGGUCAGAGACUGGACGAGGACGAGGAGCUGGGCCUUCGUUUCUACCAGAGCUGUAUUCACGUUCAGUCAUUGGCUCACCUCUGCAGCAGGAGGAGAGGAGGGACAGCAGACUGGAAGGAGAAGCUUCCUCCUCGUGUGUCUUCCUGCUGCUCACUGCAGAGCCCACAGCUGACUCCAUUAGAGGAUUCAUUUGUUCCUCCCGUCGCCCGUUUCUGACCAGGUUCUGUUUGUCACCUUUUUCCCCACAAAGCGCUUUUCUUACAGAGGCUCGUCACAAAGUGCUUUACGGAGCGACAGGGUGGAGCAACGCUGAAGCAGAGGGGGCGUGGCUGGAGGCGCUGACCCUCCUCUCUUUUCCUGGAACAAAAGCGGAUUCUGUGAUUCUUUUUUUUUGUUUUCAAACAAGUGCUAGCCGGCUCAAAGGAGGCGGCGUUUGGGUCAGAACCUCCUGAAAAAUGUGGAAAAAACAAACUUCUGAUCCAGAACUGGAGGUGCAGAGAACUCUCAGACAUUCUUUCAGGUUGAAGCGUGUUGUAAAUACCCUCCACAUGUAUUCCUGGCGGUCCGAUCCUCAUUCAGAGAGGUGGUUCAGCCCUGGUUUUCCUGGUUUCCGGGUUUUUGUAAGAUUUCUGAGCCGGACACUCGUUCGCUGAUUCCAAACCCCUACAGUCAAACUCCCCAAAACCAGAAAUUACUUUGAUUUAAAGGUUUGUUUGGAGAUAAUCUGUGACACAAACAGGUGGUUGAUCUUUGCCUUGUCGUCUCAAGCGGUUAACGUAUGCAUGAGCAUGGCCCAAAGGGUGCAGAAACAUUGUGUUCAAAGGGUUCACAAAUUUAAAUUCUAAAACCUGCUCUGCAAUGGCAGCUCUGGCCUCAUGUAAUCUGCAGCAAAGGUUCAUGGCACUAAUCUGGAGAUAGAAACCUGGAUUAGGACCACAAAAAGUCAAAAAAAAAAAACAAUUAGAACGUUAUAUGCAACUAAAAAUGCAAUUUGUCGACUACUACUGAACAACGGAAUUCCACCAAAUGUACAGAAAGUUUAUUGUUUAAUGUAAAACAAAUUUAAUUUUAGAUUAGAAAUUUGUUUUAAAGCAGUUUUAAUCUGCAUGUUAAUCCAAAAAGGGAGUUUUUAUUUUUUUAUUUAUGCCGUUUCCAUGAGAUCAUACGGUUAUUCUCUCAACAAAUCAACGUUGAAUUUGAGGUUCUAUUCAUCAGACCUACAGGGUCUUUUCCAGCACUUUCCGAGCCAUUCGACCCCCCGCUCAGUUUUCAGAAGAUCAGGCAAGAGCACGAUGAUGGGAAAACAUGGAGCUCAUUUUGGAGGAGCACCAAAGACCCGGUCCCAGAGCGGAAGACAGCUCCUCACUCAUAGGAGGAAACGACCAACACCUCCACACCUGCCUGUUCCCCCCAGAGGAAAGUACACCUGAGGAGAUGCUUUCAGAGUCCAGCAGGUUCCUGAGAGGUUCCUCUAACCGAGACAAAGCUCCAUGAGCUCCAGAUCUGUUUUAAAGAUUAUGAAGCCUCUGAAGCUUCUGAAGCUUUUCAAGUCUCUGAAGCUUACAGAGCUUUGAAAGCUUCUGAAGCUUAUAAAGCUUUUGAAGCUCCUAAAGCUUACAAAGCUUCUGAAGCUUGUGAAAGGUUUGAAGCCUUUGAAGAUUACACAGCUUCUGAAGCCGCAGAAGCUCACAAAGCUUUUGAAGCCUCUAAAGCUUACAAAGCUUUUAAAGCCUCUGAAGCUUACGAAGCUUCCAAAGUUUUUGAAGUCUCUUAAGCUUAUGAAAGGUCUGAAGCCUUUGAAGCUCACACAGCUUUUGAAGAAGCCUCUGAAGCUUAUGAAGCUUCUGAAACUCACAAAGUUUUUGAAGCCUCUGAAACUUUUGAAGGUUUUCGUUUAUUCAGGUCUUGAAGUUGAGUCAUGGUUCUGGAUUUAUGGAAACUUCAGGAAACAGGAAAUUCAGACGCCAACUUUAAGACAUCUACAAUAAAAAGUCCUUUGAAAUAAAAACAUUCAUGUGACCUCCUGACAAAGUCUUCAGGAUCAAUUUUAGAAGAAGUCUCAUUGGUGUCUGUAGAUCUGAAAAACACUUUUUAGCUUAACCAAAAGUAGAAACUUCCCUUGAAUCAUGUUACCACUUAUUUAAAUAAAAUAGUUGCUUAAUUGAAAUUAUUACUUUAAAUAAACAACAUUUUGUUUUCAAUUGUCAACUUUAAAUCCCAAAUCACUAAACCUCUGAAUGCCUAAACCUAAAAAAACUCCACUCUCCACUAAGCUAGCAAGUGCCGACAUUUUGCAGGACUUCUUAGCUACUAAAAAAAUACACAUUUUGUCACCUUUAGACCUUAUUGGAGAAAACAAAGUAAAUGUGACACCCAUACGCACAAGACAUUUCAGCUUUAUACAUUUUUUUUCUUCGCUUAAUUAGCUUGUACAGCUAGCAAUGCUAGCAUUAGCAGCUUCCAGAAAAUGGCAGCUGCUGCUGUUCCGAUCAGUAUUCUGUCUGUUGCUGCUAGCGUCUGUGCUAGCUAAGCCUUCUGUUGGUGCAGCACCUUAGCGUUCUGGAAAAGUGUUAGCAUGUAGACGCACUCUGCAUUUCUGGCGUGAGGUGUCAGUAUUAUGGCUUCCAGACUUCAGUCGGGUCAAACAGGAGCGAGUCAGACGGCUUCCCGCCUCAUCCACAGGACAGUCUGCUCCAAAUAUCAGUUUUUGGGAUUUUUUUUUUACUAAAUGCAAUAAGUUUCCGCAAACGUUUUUGCUAAUUUUUCAAAUUCCAGAAAAGACUCAUUGUUUUGACAUGUUCCUGCAGGUUUAAAGGAUGUUAUUUAUGGCAGAAUGGUGCUCAGGAACAUGGAUGGACAGCCGCGGCUUGCUGGCAAGCUCUUAUUUAGUCAUGUUUCUAGAAACUCAAAUUAGCCUGUUUUUGCUGUAAACCACCACAAACAGAAUAUUUAGUUAGUCCAUUUUCUGGAAAAACAUGUUUUGAUUGUAAAUAUAUAUCGUCAACCCAACUAAUUUCAAUAAUCCAACAUUUGUUGAGUAAAUCAGUUCUACAAAAGUUGCACUUACUGACUUUACUGUGUAUUUGAUCUGUAUUCUGAUCUGCAGGAAAUGUUGUUUUUUUGUGUAUUUUCUCACAAACAAGAAUGUUACUCUUUGUUUUUUUAAACCCCAGUUUGAUCGACAAGGAGAAAUGCCAUAUUAGAUUUAUUUCCUGUAAAACGAAUGAAUUUUUAGAAGUGUUUUGUCCCAAAAGUGUUGACGAAAAUGCUCCUACAGAGUUAUUCUUUCUUUCCUUCUUUCUGUAUGGAAUGUAAAUCAGCCAUAAGCAGCUCUCUGAGUGUUCAUUUUCAUGUGGAAAUUAUGUGAACGCGCCAACACUUAUCGUUUCACCAAAUUGAAUUCUGGUCACUCUCAGCUCAGCAGGUGAUCGGUUUGCCUUCUUCUUAGUUAACGUGCUGCUUCUGCCUCUACAAAGCCUUCUGUGUGUCUGCCCGCCCCUCAUGUCUGCAGUACAACAAUAAAACCAGGCUGUGGACCAGCGUCUGUUUGAUUCG